AUGACAGAUGUGGACGCAAGUUCCGAUAGCGAUAGCGUCGAUGUCGAGGAGCCCCUGGAGCUCAAACACCAUCAUCAUCGUCACCUUCAUCAGACGGAACCAAUCGAGUUGCGGAGGGCGACCAUGUUCUCGAUGGCUCGUAUUCUCGAACACCACAGGAACGAGUCGUCCACGCAAACUAAAACAGAAGCUGAAGAAACGCCGCCACCGAAGCCUUUGAACUUCAGUAUCGAUGCAAUCCUCGAAAGGAACGACUUUCCGAAAGCGGAACGGAGUCCCUCACCCUUUGAGCUCCCGAUUCAACCCCUGUGUCCGUUCCCCCCCGGAGAUAUCGUGCCCUGUUUCGACAAUAUUUAUUACAUGACGAAUAUGAUGCAAGGUGCUUCCUCGGGAGGUCUCCGGAGUCCCGUGUCAACCACUGGUGGGAAUCCGUUCGUAAUGUCUCCUUCGGCGUUUCCCUGGACAGCGUCUCGGGGUAAACCUCGAAGAGGAAUGAUGAGACGCGCAGUAUUCUCUGACGCUCAGCGUUCAGGUUUAGAAAGACGGUUUCAAAUACAAAAGUAUAUUUCGAAGCCUGAUCGGAGGAAGCUCGCCGAAAAGCUAGGACUUAAGGAUUCGCAGGUGAAGAUCUGGUUCCAAAAUCGUCGGAUGAAGUGGCGGAAUUCGAGAGAGAAAGCUGGAGAAACUCGUGAGCAAACUUUACCUAACAGACGAAACCCAGACCUCUCGCAUCCCAAACCUGUGAAUUCUCAUCUCUCAUCUGCAUCGGUGACAGUCCCUCUGGUCCCUUCUCCACCUAUGCCGCAAUCGUUAGUGCUUCCGAAGCGACUGUUGGCUCCUGAUUCGCCCUUUCUGGAUCGUGAGGACGAGGCGUUCGAUCAUUCGAAAGGUGCAUUCGAAAGACCUUCUAGCUCGCCUGCCAGUCAGGAUCACUUCCCCAUGGCACUCAGUUGA